AUGAGUAUCGGUAUCGAUUUGGGCACCACCUUCUCCUGUGUUGCCUAUUAUCAGAAUGGGCAGGUUAAUGUGUUGGAGAAUGAAAAUGGUUGUCGCACAACACCAUCAGUAUUGGCUAUGACAGAAGACGGGGAGUGUCUUAUCGGACAACAUGCGAAGGAUGUAAUCACCAAGGCGACUAGCUCUCUUUUUGGUGGGUCUUGA